UUAUAGCCAGACGUUAAUUCGAUAAGUCCAAACUCUGAAGAAGCCGCCACAAGGGGGAAGAAAAAAGGAAAAUGAACUCGUGCGCAUUCGAUUGGGAGAGCAAUCACAGAAAAACAAGCUUCAAUUCGAGCUCUCGGCUCGCUCAUUCUUCCAUUUCUUUGAUCAUUGGCGAAUUUUGAGCGCAUUUUUCGGAUUUUCUUCUUCGGGUCAGUCCCCAAGUUUCGUUUAGUUUCAUAAAAUUUUCUGGGUAUUGGGGCAAAUUUCUGUCUUAUUCGUUUUCUUGUUCAUAAUUUGGCUGUUCAAGAAUCGAAGUUUCUGCGUUUUCCAGUAUCUGCUCACAUGCAUGCCUUGUGGGUCUAAAUUGGCGGCGGAAUGUUCUUGAAAUGAGAUGCUUCUCUGUUUUUCUUUAACUAGCUCUGUUUGAUUUAUGUUGGGAUUGAAGUAGAAGACAAGAGAAGUUGAAAUUUGGAGUAACUUAUGAUAAAUUUUUUAUUUGAAAGAAAGUGUGGGGGAAAAGAAAGUUUAUUUUUCGAUUUCUUAUUGGGGUUUCUGUAAAUUUUGAUCUGAGUUCUUGGAGUUGGAUAUGAUGAAUGUGGUGGGAAGAUUCGGGAAUUUGAUCACUCAAGGUGUUUUAGCAUUUGCUAUCCCUUUCCAUCCCUUUGGAGGAGCCAUUGAUGUGAUUGUUGUUCAGCAUGAGGAUGGGACUUUUCGGAGUACGCCAUGGCACGUCCAAUUUGGUAAGUUUCAGGGCGUGCUGAAGGGUGCAGAGAAGGUUCGCGUAACCGUCAAUGGUGUCGAGGCUGGUUUUCAUAUGUAUCUUGAUAGUUCGGGCGAGGCGUAUUUUGUAAGGGAAGUUGAUCCGACCAAGGGAAGUGGUGGUGUUGAAGCUAUGGGUGAUUUGAUUAUUGAUGAUAGGACAGAUUUUGAUGGCAGGAAAGAUGGAAAUCAGGAUGUUCUUGACUCUUGUGUUCAAGAGAAUGGUGUUUUUGAUGCUAGUGUGCAAAUGCAGGAGGAAUCAAGUCCAUUAUACUCUGAAAGAAAUGAGACAGCAGAAUCUGAUGGCAAGGGGAGAUCUUUCCAAGAUGAGGAAUCUUGUAUGGACAGUUCAGUUGAGAUGUUAGAUGAUAGGUCGAAUCAAUAUACGGAUGUGGAAGUUGUAAAAUCACACGAUGAGAAGUCAGAAAUAGUAUUAGGGAGUGUGAAUGGUUAUGAGCCAACUGAUCCUAUCUCGGCAUCAAAAAAGAGUAUGGAGAAAGUGCGAUUGACUCCAACUCAAAAUUGUCGGGGUUGUGGUGAUGGGAUGGAUUUUGGUGAAGGUAAUGAGAAGUCCAAUUCUGGGGAAGAUCCUCAGCCUCGUAAUUGUAAUCAUCUUAAUGGAUCCAAAAGUGGUGUUGAUUUGUAUUACAUUUGCAGUGCCAACAGUGACACUGAUGUUUUUGAGUACCAGCUGGAAGUCUGUGAAGGAGAUGAACAUGUUUUUCAUUCACAAAACCAUGUGGAUAUUACUUCGGGAGGCGAUACAGGUUGUGUUUCUAACUCCCUUUUGGAGCGACCACAACAUGGUCAAUUAGAUUCGGAAGAUGUCAGUCCCUUGUUGGUGACUGAUAAUUCAGAAGCUGAAGGCAUUGAAAAUCCUCCAAGAGUUGAUGAAACUGUAGAAGAGAGUGUUGGUAAAUUCAUCAAGAAAGAGUCAUCCCUACCAAGUGGUCAUGAUUUCUCUGGCACCUGUACAUCUCCCGAUUUACCCGUUAUGGAUAAUCUGGAUCAAAAUGACCAAUCAGUUUACUUUGAUAGUCAUAAUACACAGUUGAAGAAUGAUCAAGUGAAUGAGGCAGUUGAUCAUGAAGAUGGAGGUUUAGAAAGAUCUGUGUCUAACGAUAAAUGCAGUGAAAGCGAGUUUUCGGGAUUUCGUGUACAAAGUUCGAACGAAAGGAUUGACAGUCAGCAAACCACAAACUUCAAAAUUUCACUUUGCGGAAGUAAACUUCAUCCCGGUAUGGGAUUGAGUGCUGCUGCUGAAGUGUUUGAUGCUCAUCGCAUAUCUGCUUGGGCAUUUGGAAGCUCUGCCACGUCAAUUACAAGGAAUGAGAAUCUAAUAAUUAGUUUUCGAGGGAGGUACUGGCAUUGGGAUAAAGUGGCUCCAGUAGUGCUUGGAAUGGCAGCAUUUGGAUUGGAUUUGCCGAUGGAUCCCAAUGAUGCGAUUCCCGUGGAACAAGAUGACUUUACCAGGCCCGAAGAUGAGGAAGCUGAUAACGUUUCUACUCCGUCUGGAAGUAGGUGGAGGCUUUGGUCCAUUCCAUUUCGAAGGGUCAAAACAUUUGAGCUCAAUGGCGAUAGCACAUCUAACGAGGAUGUGUUUCUCGACACCCUAUCUGAGUUACCGAGUCCAACUCUGACAUCCCAACACUACAACGAUUCUCCUCGCAACCGUAUUAUAAGGACAAACAUUCCUACUACGGAGCAGAUAGCGGCUUUGAAUUUAAAAGAAGGUCAAAAUAGGAUCAAGUUCACCUUUUCUACAAAGGUUCUCGGAGUACAAAAGGUUGAUGCUCAUAUUUACCUGUGGAAAUGGAACGCUCGAAUCGUAAUUUCAGAUGUGGACGGGACAAUAACCAAGUCUGAUGUGUUAGGCCAAUUCAUGCCUUUGGUUGGCAUGGACUGGACACAAUCUGGGGUGGCUAGACUUUUCUCUGCAAUUAAGGAAAAUGGAUAUCAGUUACUAUUUUUGAGCGCCCGAGCAAUUGUUCAAGCGUAUUUAACCCGGAGUUUCUUGCUCAACCUAAAACAGGAUGGAGAAGCUUUACCCGAUGGCCCUGUCGUCAUAUCUCCAGAUGGACUAUUUCCUUCGCUGUACCGAGAAGUAAUAAGAAGAGCACCUCAUGAAUUUAAGAUUGCCUGUUUAGAGGAGAUUAGAAGACUUUUCCCUUCCGAUCAUAACCCGUUCUACGCUGGCUUCGGUAACCGAGACACCGAUGAGCUCAGUUACAUGAAAAUGGGGAUCCCAAAGGGCAAAAUAUUUAUAAUCAACCCAAAGGGAGAGGUGGUGAAUAGUCAUUGCCACAAUGUUAAAUCUUACGAGUCGUUGGCCGAACUCGUUAACGUAAUAUUUCCACCAACUUCGUCUGUCCAACCGGAAGACUUCAACUCGUGGAACUAUUGGAAAAUGCCAUUACCAGAGGUUGAUUAAAAUCAGCAUCAGCCAUAUUAGUUAGGAAAAUUUGAGAUACAAAUUUCUUUAAACAUAAGGAAAUUUUGUUAAUACAACAUUUGGGUAAAUUUAUGAUUAGUCAAUAAAAAUCAUAUACAUUUUAUAGCUUAAAUCCGCCUUUUGUUUCUGUGUAUAUAUUCCAGUAAAUAUUGACUUGCUGUAAUAUGG